GCCUCGUAAUCAAGAACCAUAAAAUAUCGAUAGUGGAAAAUCUGUAGGAAAAUUUAUGUAUAUAUAUAUUUAUUUACUCGAGUUCGUUUUCUGUGAUAUUUACCCUCUGUCCUAUCAUUCCUUUUAAGAAUUCGUAUUUCUUUUCAUUUCGUGUUUACAUUAUUCGAGAUUUCUGUAGAAAUAUGUGAAAAACAUAAUGAAAAAAAUUCAAUGCUGUCGUUUAACAUGUACUUUGAUUUUUAAUUUAAUUUCCAUCCUUCAAUAUUGAAUUAUUGGUUCAUACAACUAUUGACAUGGAUGGUCAAGAAAGUAUGUAUUCUUCUGAACCUUCUUUAGAGGACCAACCCACGGGAAAAAGAUGGGAUCCUCUCGGAGCACCAAAUGAUCAAGAUAUUGAAUCAAAUGCAAUGGAGAAAUUUGGAUACCAUUGUUGUGAUCAUUCCAAUGCAGAAAAAAUACAAAGUCUUGAAGAAGAACAAGAAUUACUCAAUUCAUCCUUGUUUGCAUUAACUACUCAUUUUGCACAGGUGCAAUUUCGUCUGAAACAAGUUGUGAGUUCUCCACCUGAAGAUAGAGAAGAAUUGCUCAAAUCUUUAGAAGAAUUUGCCUUUCGUGGUAUUCCAGAUGUUGGACUUGUGCAAGAAAGAAUGGACGAAGCUAGUCUUGCAGAGGCUGUUCGGCUGAGGCGGACUCAGCAAAGAGAACUGAUUGAUAGACUGAAGUCUCAACUCAGAGAAUUGGAACAAUAUGCCUUCGAGAAUGGGGACUCUGCUGUUCCACAGGAUGUGGUACUUGAAAGGCAAAGGGUCAUUUUAAAUGAGCUUAAAACAAGAAUGAACCUUGAGAUUGAUGAACAGAAAUACCUUCAGAUGACACCUGCUGAUGUGAAAGAACAAAUUAAUCUGGCAUUAGAUCAACUUGUAAGUCCGUUAAGAGUGAAGGAACAUCUUGUCGCUCAACUGAAAACACAAGUAGCUGAUCUGGAACGUUUCAUAAGCUACUUACAAACUGACACUAAGCAAACUAAGUGUUCAUGUGGCUGUUCAUAUCACUCUGUCAAAAAACCAUUCAGUAGUGACACUAUAGGUCUGAUACAACGAACUGCAACUUUGCUUCAAAUGUUUGCAGUACUUCAACUGGGCUGUGGGACUCAAAAGUUCAGGAAGAAUGAUCUGAAGAAUACCAAAGUGAAUCAUUAUGGGGAUCUUCGUGCCAAACUGGAAAUGGCAAUUUCCCAUGUGAGGGAAUUGGUUAUACAAAGUGAAAAACAGAAGCUUACUCAAGAGGAAUACAGUAGUGAUUCAGAAACGGGUGGUGUUAAAUGCAAUGUUCAACUAACAAGAGCUGUACGAAAAUAUUUAGCUACCAGCAUCCGUGAUUUAAUGCAACAUGGUUGCAUAGCUUCUAAUAAUUCCUCGAGUAUUGUUCCAUUUAUAGGGUGCUUUCCAAGAAGGGGAUCAACAGAUCAGACACAGAUUCAUGCCUGGGAAUUAAUCCUAGAGUAUUAUCAUCUAAAAAAUGGAGAAAACUUCAACUCGACUCCUGCAAGGAAACUUUCCCAAAGUUUCAAUUUAGAUAUUGCAGGAUCUUCUCCCAUAAACAGCAAGCAGACAAUGCUAAGUGCUAUAGGAAGUAUAAUUUCUACUCAUUCCAGAUACAAAAGAAGUAAUGAUUCCCAUUUCAAGGCCUUCAUUUGUGCCGGGCUGAAUGCCAACAAAAUGGUAUCCUGGUUGAACCACUUUUUUCAGUGUAAACCACUGAUAAGGGCGCAUUACCAUCCCUGGAGUUAUGUGGCUAAAACAGCUGUACUUCAUAAAAGCUUGUCAGCUUCUGUGACUAAAAUUACUCGAAGGGGUCCUGCACAAUCCUACAAAAUGUGGAUUAUCUCAUGAAGGGUUCAAAGACAGCUUGAGUAGUUUGGAUACUCUAACUGGUUACAAGUUUGAUCUUCCUGUGGAUUUAGCAGUACAACAGUUCCAGAAUAUCAAAGAUGUUUUCACUUGAAUUUCCAGUCCAUUCCAUGUUAAUUUUUGUAUUUUGUUACUGUGAUACAGAACUAGUUACAAAUGAGUUGAAAUAUUUAUCAGAUAGUUAAUUUUUGAAUCAAGUCGUCCCUUAUUUCUCAAUUUGCCAAUAAAGAAUAUUUGUUCUGUGA